AUGGAGAAACUUUCUUUUUCCUCAUGGAAAAUAAAAAUAAUUUUGAAGGAGUUCACACUUAGAUCAUACACGUGGGCAUUAAAGGAUAUGCCUUUUUAG